CCAUACCCAGAGCCCCCUCUAUAUCUUCAACUGAACUGUUUGUGGUUUGAAUCAACUAUGCUUUAGAAAAUCGUUUCUUGGAGGGAAGAAAUGUGUUCCUAGUUCUAUACAACCAAAUUACAAAAUUACUUUUGGAAUGAGACCAUUUUAUGUGUUGGGGUUCUCCUAUAUAUUUCAUGAAGUGUGACUUUGUAUUUUUAAAUACAACACAGAUUUUAAAUAAUACACAUGCCCCAAAGUGCCUUCAGAAAUAUUUUGUGAGUUAUAUAAGAAAAUGCAUUUUCAUUUCAUUUUCAUCUCUUAUUAUCUUGCCCACCUUGGCCCAUCCUUCAUUGGACUUGGCUCCAAAUAACUUUUGUCCAGAAAUCAAAUCUCUAAGAAUGAAAUUUUGCCCUCAGAGAGGGUGUGAGAACUUUGGAGCCUGAAUUCAAUUUCUAAAGGAGAUUCCAAAGCCUUGUGAUCUGGGCUGUCUAGGGAUUCAAAAGUCAGGUCACCAUGAUCUCUUGAUGCAAACUGAGAACAAGGAAGUAUUUUUCUUUAAUGUCUAUUUAAGAGUAGAGUCAUCAGGUAAUUUCCAACUUAGAAGCUUGAAGAAAAAAGAGAAAAUGACAGAAAAAGACCUACUUUUUUUUAGAUAAUAAGGAGGGAAAAUGAGAGAACAUAGGCUUCCUGAAGAAGUUAAGAGAAUUUGGCUAUUCAAUUUAAUCAAUACACAAUAUGAAGUACCUACUAUGUGCACAGCAAUGUGUACAGAGCUGAGUAUAUAAAAACAACAAAAAAAAACUAUCUUUGCUAUAAAAGCUUACAUUUUAGGGGAUACAACAUGUACAUAAAUAUCAAAUGGACGUUCAGAUAAAAUCUUUUAACCCUUUUAAAAUUUGAGAUAUUAUAAAUAGGUAUAGUACAUGGUAAAUGAAAGAUGGAAAGAGUACUAAUAAUGGUGCAUCAGGGAAGGGUGCAGAAAAAAAAGUGCUACCUUUGAGCCAAACCUUGUAGAAAUAGGUGAGAGUUGGAGAUGAGGGGACUAUUCUAGGCAUGGCAGAUAGCCCUACAAUUGCAUGGAGGUGAGAGAUGGAGUGUUGAGUUCAGGGAAGAGAUGUUGAGUUCAGGGAAGAGAUGUUGGGAUGGAAUGAAGAGUAUAUAAAAGGAAGUAAGAUGAAAUUAUUAUGAAAAGGUAGGUUGGAAACAGAUUUUUCAGUGACAAAUACCAUAUUGAGAGGUGUUUUGUUUAACUUAGAGAGUAACUAACUGUGUUAAGGAUCAAUUAUAUAAGUUUGAGCUGUGAAUUGCUAAGAAAACACAUGUUCAAAGUGUCUUCAGAAAUUUUAUCAGCAAAUUUCUAGAGGAUGAAUUAGAGAAAAGAUUAAAAGCAAGAGAAUUAGAUUAAAUAGUCAAGGAUGAUGAGGAUCUGAACUUUGAAAAGUGGUUGUGUGAAUAGAGAAAAGGGAACACACGUGAGAAAUGGAGAAAGAAGAAACAAUACUUGGCAAUUUAUAGAUGGUGAGAGAAAAAAUAAAAUAAAAAAAUGAUAGCAAGGUUAUAAAAUGUAUAAACUAAACAGGUAACUAAAAUGAUGGUAGUGAUCUCAGUAGAAUUAGGAAAAUUUGAAGGAGAGGAUGGGUUCAAUGAGAAGGCCUUGUUUCCAUUUUGACCAUGAUGGGCUUGAGAUAACAGGAUAUGGAGAGGGAAUGUCCAACAAACAACUGAUGAUAUGUGACUGGUAUUUAGAAGAGAAAGUUGGAACAGAUGUAGGGAUCUGAGAAAUCAUUCCAAUUAAUACAAAAACUGAACAGAACAGAUGAAAUCAUCAAGAGAAAGGGACAAAUUCAGAAGAGAGCAUCGUGGAGUUUUCAGGAUGCUUGGUCUCAGGUCUUAGCAGAUCAGUGUAAAACUGUUUUAUGGUCUGGAUAGUGGAGGCAGGAAGACCUGGAUUCAAAGUCCACUUCUGACAAAUAAUAGGUGUGUAAUCCCAAUUAAGAGAGCUGGCACUCUAAGAAAAGGUAGAGAAACAUCUUCUGGAGGGGAGCUGAGCAGUGGAGGACAAUAACUGGGAAACUGGCCCAUGGAGGACAAGAAAGGGAAAUAGCUACAGGAAUAAUAAUGUCACAUAACACAAAGGAGCUUUGGAGAAGACUUGUGGCUGAGAGACAAACUCUGUUUCAGGUACCACUUUUUAUGAAGAAAAUUGAGAAGCUUAGAACCAUCCUAAAGAGAGUACCUGAGAUGAUGAAAGAUCACAAGUUUAUUAGGAAAACUAGCGACGGUUUUCUAGAAAAGAAAAGACUUGGGAAUGGAGGGAUAUGGUAGCAAUCUUCAAGUACCUCAAGAUGCCAUUGCUUCAACAAACCUUAUAGUACUGCUAGAAGAUGAAAUCUUUGCUGAUUUUUUCAACACAUUUCUGUCUCUCCCAGUCUUUGGCCAAAUGCCAAUUUAUAUAGUUCAUGAUUUACAGUGGACCUUAUGGCCAGAGUUACCCCAAAGUUUGGUUGCCAAGUACAAAGGUUUACUGACGUGGUUGGAAAAAUACAGAUUACCUUAUUUCUGCAAGACCAACUUAUGUCACCAUUAUAUGCUCUGUAAGGAACUCAUCAAUUUCAUCAGAUCUUCAGAGGGUGCCAAGAUGAUGAGAUGGAAGACAGCAGACCAGUGGUUGCUCUACAAAUGUGUUGGUGGUGUCCGAGGGAUGUGGCGUUUCUGUGCCUACCUCAGUGGCACAGCAGGGGAGGAACUGGUGGAGUUCUGGAUAAUUGCUGAAAGAAUCCUCGAGAUAGAUGAGACGAAUGAUAAACAGAAGGACACUUAUCUGUCCCUCCUCCUUGUGCUGAAGGCCACUCACUUGCAGGAAGGGUCUUCUGUCCUGAUUCUUUGCAAUAUGAACAUCAAGUCACUGAUGAACCUCUCUGUGUGGCAUCCCAAACAAUCCACUACCAGGAGGGAGAUCUUGAGCCGUAUGCAGAAAGUGGCCCUAUUCAAAAUCCAGAGCUAUUGGCUUCCAAACUUUUACAUUCAUUGUAAGAUCAAUAUGGCCAAGGAGGAGGAGUGCCAGGCUCUGUUGCAGGAGUAUGAAGAACGCCUUGGUCAGGAUGAUGAAGAAGAAGAAGAUGAUGAUGAAGAUGAAGAUGAAGAUGAAGAAGAAGAAGAAGAAGAAGAAGAAGAAGAAGAAGAAGAAGGAGAAUAUAGAGCCUCCAUAUCAAGUGACCUCCCCCUGAAGAUGAGCAUUAGGAGACUUUAUGUGACCCGGAAACCUUACUGUAGCAAAAAGAUAAAGAAGAAGAUGUGGCGAUUUAUUGAACAGGGCACAUGGACUGUUGAGUCGGAACUGCCUCUUAUUCACACUUUGCAUCCUCCAAAGAGCAAGUUGCAUGACAAAGAGUUUCAAGGUCUCCCUGAUGUCUUCAGUCCUCCACCAAAACUCGUUGUACACGUGGGUGCCCUGCGACCAUUACGACCAUUACGUUUUAAAGACAGUCUAGAUAAUUUAAAGGUAAAGGAGAGCAUCACUUCCACAAUCUUCAGCUCCAAGGUGGAUACUAAAACCUUUCGGCCCUUUUCUCUAGAAGGAGUCUGUGAGAAGAAAUUCACAGCCAAAUUGCGAAACUCCACCCCUGUUAUCAACUACCCCUCCCGGUUAUCCCUAAAGAAAGUGAUUAAGAAAAGUUGUUCCUUUGAAUACCUGCACUGGGCUUUGACUGCUGAUUCCUAUGCGGGGAACCCUUUUGGAGACUAUCUUAAGAGUAAGCACUACAAGAUGGAAAACCGCCUCCUGCGUUUCUGGAAGGACCUGGACAAUUUCCUGACCAUUUGCAUCAGUGCAAAGAAAGGUGGCAAUCUGCUAUUUCGGCACACUCUUGGAAAUCGCAUCUGUGAGCUCUACCUCAGUGAGGACAAUGGCUCCACCCUGCCACUCAAACCUCAAACUAUCCAGCACCUGAAACAGCUGCUGCCUUCUGGGAAUGCGAUUCCCUGGAUCCCCACAGCACAGAAAGAGAUAUGCAAGAUUCUUGCUUCCUUCUUUGAUGACUUCCUUGAUCUGGAUGACUACUGGUUUCUCAUCUUUGUGUCUCAAAAGAAUAGCAGUGAAAUCAAGAGGCAGAAAGCAAAGGAGCCCUUGGACAACAUGGAAUAUAUUCUAUUGUGUAAGAGGAUACAGGAAUCCCUGAUGCUGAGUCAUGAUUUGUCCACCCUGGAAGACAUGGAAGCACUCACGGACACACACUGGCAAAUGAUAGCUCUGCAGGACCUGAAAAAAGGAGGAGCUCUCCAUUUGGAACUACAGCCUACAGUGUACAGGGAAGAUAUAAGGCAAAUGAGCUUUGAAGAGCUGUGCAAGAAGAACCCAAAAGUGGCUAUAGAGAAGAUGAGUCAAGACUUUAAGAAGUAUUAUGAAAAGAUAUCUCUAAAUGCUGGAAAGAUGCAGGCAACCAAGAAGUUGUAUCCUCAUUUGCAAUAUCCGAGUACCUUAUCCUUCCUCAAGAAGGGAAGCGGUAUUGUGAGGAAACCCUCACUGAGACCCAGGAAUCUCAUGGAUGUCCUCCAUCACCCUGUCCAUUUAGAAUACUUCAAGGAAUUCCUUAGAGCAAACAAGGCUGAGAAUCUGCUGUCUUUCAUCCUUGCUAUGCAGAAGGCCUCUAGUGAACCCAAUGAAAAAGCACAAAAAGCUCUCGUUGAUGCCAUCCUCAACACUUUCUUCCAUAACAAAGAUUCUGAUGUUGAGGAUAUACUACAAUGUACUAUUCCUAUCCUCAAAGAAAUCUCUUACAUGAAUCGAGUUCCUUUAGUAGUCUUGCAUCAGGCUCAGAACCAAGUCCUGAAAUAUCUAGAUGACAAAUGGUUCAAAACUUACCAAGACAUGUUCCCACAUCGCCUUCACAUUCAAAUUCCAGACGUUGAAAUACCACAGAAAGUCCCGAAAAAGGAAACAAAGACCAUUAACUUAGAGCUCAGGAAGAAAAGGGUAUGGAUCUACCUUAGUGCCAUUAUUAGGAGUAUCUGCAAAUUUCGAAGGGAAAUGAAGAAACCAGAAAGCCGUCGCCUGUUUGAGGACUUUCUACGUAAGGAAAUGACUAAUCAUAAGGAAAAUAUGGUUAUAUCAGGACCACCCAAAACUGUGACCACAAUAAGCACUCCUCCCCUCCAAAAGACUGCUUUAGAUGUCGACAUGGAAGAUAUAGUAUUUGUAAAGCGCCGUAUUCUUGGCCAUAAAACGGUCAUCAUCAACUUUCUGGUCAAUGACUUAAAUUUCUUUAUCGAAAUAGAGAAAUUCAAUGACCUGGUCUCUUCAGCCUUAGUACUGCAAGUUAACAAGGUCUUUAAUGAAAAUGAUGUUGCACUGAUGAAAGCCAAAGGACAUAUUAUUUAUAAGCUCUUCCUCUCAUCUGAUAUUCCUCCCAGAUUACGGGUGAAUAUUUCUGAAAUCACCAAGGACAGCAUCUACAGUGCAAUUACAGAUGGGCACCUGGAUCGCGCUGUCUUCCACAAUUCUGUCAUGACAAUUUUCCCUAUUAUUAUGUACUUCUGGAAAAAGUAUUGUAAUUGGAAAGCAAAACGUGACUACUUAAGGAGUUGGGGAAAGAAAAGCAAGGAACACUCCCCUGCUCGUUCGGUAUCUCCUAAACAGAAUCAGUGGAGUGGGGGGGACCAUGUCGUCAUGAGAUUUUCCCUGGUCAAGGGCAUUGAGUGGCUGCUUCCUCAGCCUCGGGAAGAAGUGGAGAGUCCAGGUGCAAUAUCUUCAACUGGCAGUGUGAACCAGAAGAAAAAACUGUCAAACCCCUUCCCACCAGUAGGAGAUAUGGAAAAGGAGGAUGAUAACAUAAGCAUAAAGAAUGAAAAAAGAAUUCAAGAAGCGGGUUUGACGCCUUUGGAAAUUCAGUAACAUCCAAAUCAUCUCUAUACAAAUUUCAAUGAUGAUGAUGAUUCUUAAUAUAAGCCAUCCCUUUCUGGAGACAGAGGAGGAAGAGGACUGAACUAACACCCAGGAUCCCCAAUUUCCUUGUGCCCCUUCCCUGCAGUAUCAUACCACUGAGAAAAUUUGUAUGAAUAUUGGGAAAGAUAAAAAAUAAAGAGUUUUA